AUGGUCCAAGCCAUCAUCGCGCCCUCCAUCCUCGCGUCCGACUUCGCCAACUUGGGCUGUGAGUGCCGCCGCAUGUACGCGCUGGGCGCCGACUGGCUCCACAUCGACGUCAUGGACGGCAACUUCGUGCCCAACAUCUCCAUGGGCCCGCCCGUGGUGGCCAGCUUGCGCAGGCACAUCCCGCGCAAGGCCACAAACACGUUUUUCGACUGCCACAUGAUGGUGGCGUGCCCGGAACAGUGGGUGCCGGAGAUCGCGCAGGCCGGCGGCGACCAGUUCACGUUCCACUACGAGUCCACGGCCAACCCCGCCGACUUGAUCAAGCUCAUCAAGCUGCACGGCAUGCGCGCCGCGUGCGCCGUCAAGCCGGGCACCGCCGCGGACGUGGUCGACGAGUUGGGCGCCCUGUUGGACAUGGUGCUAGUCAUGACCGUGGAGCCCGGCUUCGGCGGCCAGAAGUUCAUGGCGGCCAUGAUGCCCAAGGUGGCGCAGUUGCGCGCGCGCUUCCCGCACUUGGACAUCCAGGUGGACGGCGGCUUGGGCAGGGACACCGUGCCUGUUGCCGCGGACGCCGGCGCCAACGUGAUUGUGGCGGGCACGUCGUGCUUCUCUGCGCCGGAGCCGGCCGAGUUCAUCGCGUACAUGCGGGACACGGUCAACGCGCGCUUGCGGGAAAAGGGCAUCUACACCGGCGAGUAG